AUGUAUAUUGUUGCCUUUGUCAAUUUCACGCUGGAGCUGUUCCUGAUCACGCUGGCCAAACUAGCCAAGGAGCUGUACCUGAAGUCGCAACGGGGGCGGCAAUACCAGAUGGAAAAAUUACACGCGGAGCUUCAAUUCCUGCGUACCCAGCUCAAUCCUCAUUUCCUCUUCAAUACCCUGAACAAUAUCUAUGCGCUGGUCACUACAAAGUCUGACAAAGCGGGCGAUUCGAUCCUGCUGCUGUCUAACCUGCUGCAUUACCUGCUUUAUGAAACGAAUGCGGAUAAGGUGAAGCUAUCCAAUGAACUGACGGUGGCUGGUACCGGCGGUGUCGUCAUACCAGUACCGCCCACAGGCUGA